UUGUCACCUUGGGGACGUCAUCAUUGACAGGUAGUUGCACCGGUAGAGCUGGCAUUCACACCUCGUAAUGACUGUGUUACACACCAGUCAUGUAGUGCUAAGGCUGCUGGCGGGACUCUCCAAUACAUAGCUCAUCUUCACGGAACUUUAAGGGCGAGAUGUCUGUGUGAUACAAAAUCGAUACUUGAUUGACAGGACCUUGUGUUGUUUAUAGCAGUCUAUACUGUAAGGUCUGAUAUAACUAUUGGCAGUGUUGCAGUAUUUGUAAAAGAGUUAGGGUGUGUUUAGUAUGUAUCUUACGCACCUGUGCCCGUGUGAUUACCAACUAUUUCUAUCAUUGCCAGAUAAGAGAAAAGUGACAACGACAUUGAUGACAUACCACUGAACUACUAGAGUGUUAUUUAGGCCAUGGUCGAGGUGUGUCAACAAAUCCCUCACACCAGCAUGUCCAGCCUGAGUGAUGGGGUGAUGAAACACCCUAAUAACAAUGCAGAACUCUUCGAGUUCAACAUCGGACAGGCAUUGCACAUGCGCUGUGUCAACACCAAAAAGGCGUGUGGACAGUGUGAAUCAUGCCAGUUAAAUGCCAAACUAAAAGAGGCGAAAGAAUGGUUGGAAAAAUUUGGAGAUCAUUCAAAAAAACGUUUUAUGCUAGGUUUAAUGAGAAGGUUUCAAAGUGUAGAUUUGCUGCAGCAGAUGGUGACUUUGUUACAGCCCUUGUUGUGUAAAGAUUUCACGUAUGCCAGGAGUCGAACAGCUCCAAGCCUACAGACAGAUAGGGCAUCUCUCAGUUCAGAUCGUGCUGUUCCAACUAAAGAGGUCGAGGCUUUCAUCUUUACAACAUGGAAUUGGUUUCAGAAGGCCAACUAUUGGUCAAAAGCGAACUAUGCAAUGUCUUUGCUACAGCUUUGCGACAGCCAUCUGCUCCAUACGCUGGGGAUCCAAGCGCGAACCCUGUUGGUGUCUGAAGAGAGAGCAGCAUCCUUUGCAGCAGAGGACGAUAUCUUAGAGGCAGCGUCUAUAGCGAGUACUAAUUACACAUACCAGUCUGACGAGCGACCUGACCUUGACCUACUUAUCCGAGCUACACCUGAGUAUGGUAUUCCAAGACAUAACCCACUCACUGGUGAAGAACUCUUCUUGGAAGACGAAAUUGAAAAUGACGACAGCGACGACGAGAGUUUUACCUCCAUGGAUAUUCUGUCGGUUGAUCCAGCAUGCAUGGUGGUUCCGACAUCCGCGAAGGCAUCCUCCGGGGUAGCUAAGCAUAAAGACUUCAUCCGGGGUCUGCCUGUCCAUAUUGCUAAAUAUGUGCUGGGAUUUUUGGACAUUGCUUCGUUACACAAUGCACUGUGUGUAAGUAGCAUUUGGUGCUCUCUAGUGGAGGAGGUUCAUAAGGAGUUCCGAAUCAACCAGGAUCUAUCCGAAGAAGUCAUGCUCAUGCAGGGUGCUGCAGCACAAGGUGCCAACCCAGUGUACGCCAAAGAUGUAGACGUGAUCGUGCCAAACCUUCACCCGGGGACACGGGAGAUGAUUACCACUCAAGAUCAAGUCGUCAAAGCCAAGUACAAGAAUGAGGUCAACUUUGAAACGGCUUUGACAGGAAUAUCAUGUCGUAAGGUUAUCAUGGAGGAACGCAACGUCUAUUGUGGGUCAUAUAACGUCAUGGUGCUCAAAGAUGUAGAGGACUCGCAUCGUGUUGUACACACCUGUGGGGGCAAACUGAUUGCCAUCGGGUCAAAGGACCGCAAGGUGCGGUUUAUAGAGCGUGAGUCGGGGAAGGACCAGGGACCAGUCAUUACUGGACAUGCUGGAAGUGUCCGCUGUGUUUAUCUUUGUGAGGAGGAUGGCUAUGUCCUCAGUGGGAGUUACGACACUAGUAUCAGAAUGUGGAACAUGGAGACUGGGAAGUGUAUGCGAAUAUUCCGAGGCCAUCGUGACACGAUUCUUACGAUCCUGGUGUACCGCGAUUACCUGGUCUCUGGGGCCAAAGACAACUGUUGUAAAGUUUGGAACCUCAACACGGGAAAGUGUCAGCGGACGUUUAAACACCGUAAACCAGUGUGGGCGGUGGCCAUGAACGAAGAGCUGUGCAUCACUGGGUGUGAGGGAGGCAGGGUCAAGGUCUGGGACAUCAAGACAGGCGACCUUAUCAAGAUGUUGAAUGGUCAUCACGACCAGGUGACGUCCAUUAAGUUUGACAAAUGGCACAUCAUUACGGGGAGUAAGGAUGGCUACGCAUUAGUGUGGAGCGCCCAGGGACACCUCAAUCGCUGUCUCAACGCCCUUAGGCACCCAAAGGCUGUCCUUUGUGUAGAGUUUAUGUUCCUCCGUGUAAUCACGGGAUCAGCUGACGGACGACUUCGGAUCUGGAACAUGGUCACCGGACAGUGCUGCCGGAUCAUGCGUGGGAAUAGUCGCAGUGAUGCGAUACAGUCCAUUAUUGCCAUUGGUAACAGGAUUACUCUGAAUACCAGCGUCAAUCUCCUGGUGCUCAACUUUGAGAAAGUGGAGUGGGAUUACACACUAGAGAAUGACAAAGUGCCACCACUUGUACAGUAUAGUUCGUACGCUGAUACGCCUAUCCGAUCCCACCCUUACUCCUACAUUCGUGCCCAGAGGAUGGUACGAGCCGGUGCCACAAACACAAAAAUAGUCCUACAUAAUCGACCUGGGGAGAGACAGGAACGGAAGAUCGAAGGCGGACAGAUUCUCCCUCAAACAUCUUUCCAUGCCCCACAGUUCCCACAUAGUGCAAAGGCUCUGAGUUCUCGCAGUAUGGCAAGUGCUAGACAUAUUCAGAGUCAGGGGUUCAUCGAUGGAGGGUUUGAGAGUAUGCAUUUUACACCCGGUGUCGAGUCCCGCCUGGCUCUGUCUGAAGUCAAGACUGCUGUCUCAAGUCGAGGGAAGAGUCGUGCCUCUACUGCCCCCUCAAAGCCUCCACUGCCAAAGACACGACCUUUGACCCAUAAGUCUGGGGUAUCCCAACAUAGUGUGAUGAUUGCUGAGCCUAAUCAUGAUCAGUAUGAUGACGAUGAAGAUGAUAAAAAUGGGCCAUCACUUUCCAACCUCAAGCGGAGAGUUUCCUGGGCAUUUGAGAAGCCACUUGUCCCCAAGUCCAAAGAUAUUUCUCUUUCAGAGACGAAAUCAUUGCUGCGGUCACAGAUGCGCAUGAAGGCUGAGAGUGUUGUGCCACCAGAUUUUAUAUAUCUGACGGUCAAUGCCAUUCAGACUUCCAUGCGCUCGACAGAAACCAAUAGUAAUACACAGGUAAACUUUAAACUAAAGAAUAAUCUUGCUGAUAUGUUAAGAAAUAGGCCUAGUUCUUCUCCGCCGAAAAUUGACCCUCGUACAAGAGUCAGUCCUGGAGAAAUAGGGUUAGAGAGGUUUAUUGUUGACGACAAAGUGGACACAUUGUCGGAGUUCUCCGAUGUCAAAUCAACAAAAUCUACCAAAUCCAAUAAGGUAAAAGAAGAAGGCAUGCCAGACAGUCCAGAGAAGGAAAUCUAUGCUACACCAUGUGACAUCAAACCAACGAAAAUUAAAUUAAGACAAAGUUUGCAUUCAAAAAGGACAAAAAGCACAGUGCCAAUCGGUCGAGUCAUCAGACCAAUCUCUGCCUCAGCCAAGCGAAAGGAGGUAGAUCCUGAAUUGAAAGCGCGCAGUAUUCGCCCAGGAACUGCUCCAGCCCUGACAAAUCGCCCAGAUACGGGAGUGUCCGUCAGGUCAACUAUUGCGCCCUCACUGCCAGGCGUGUCUUUCCAGCAUAAGCCGCGAGGACAAUAUGGUUUAUCCAGUACAGCUAUGGAGGCCAAUUUUGUUCCCAUGCUUAUGUACCCUGCCGACAUGAAAGAAAAAUUGUCACAGUUGAUAAAAGAAAAACGGAGUCAUAACAAAAUUGAAGAUGUGCAAUCAGCCGGUGAUGGCACCGGUCAGAUCAUGGGAAAAGUGAGUGCUUACAAUAACCCCAUGCGGAGUCAUGUGAAAUUUGAUCUCCGAACAUAUGAACAGGAGAAGGACUACAUCAAUAGCAUAGAGAAAAUGUUCUCCGAGCAAAAACUGCGAGAGGAAGAAGAAUUAGAGAAAAGACAACGUUCAGCUUGGUUAGCUCGUGCUAAAGCCAGACCUGGUUCACAACCACCAUCCUCAAAAGUUCGGCCAGGGUCAAAUGUCAGCAGUACAAAGUCAAGGCCAACAUCUUUAAUUUCCAAUCAAGUGAAGAUUCGUCCACAGUCACAACCUCCCUGCUAAAUAUAAUAGUGGUCCUGUUGUAAAAUAUCUAGAGCUAGAUUUGCCCAGAUUUUUCAAAUAUGUCGCUCGCUAUCCUAAUUGUGAAGCAUUAUUUUAUCUGUGAUAUUUUUUUUGCUGAUACAUGUAGUAUGAUUAAUUUUUAUUUUCAAUACUGGUCUUUUUGUAUAUUCAUUUGCAGAUUGAAUGAUGAUCAGCUUUUUAAAAGAUUUAAAAGAUUUGAACAAGUAACCUGUGAUAUUUAUAGAUAUUUAGGGUUUUCCCUAUUGCCUCACGAAGUGACAUACACCCGCCUAAUAUGGUCUUUGAGAGAAAUUCAGUGAUUAUAUUUGCAUGAUCAUUUCAUAUGUUUAUGCAUGAUUCAUCGUUUUAUUCAUAUAUUUGAUCAAAUGUAAUUCAUUCGGCGUGUCUGCAUGGUGUGUGCUUCUGCUAGUGUGUUUCACAGGUGAAGAGUGAAAGAGUGCUAUUCUGAGUAUACUGGAUACUGGGUUAUAAUGAGUCGGUAUUAAUUGUGAAAAUUGAACGUGAUUUUCUUGUAAUAAUUAGGAAGGGGGGGGAGGGGGGUCAUUAGGGCAUUUAGCUGUGUAUGUGCACCGUGGUGAUGAGAGGAGACUAAAAUUUUACAGGUAAGAUGCUCUUAUACUGUUAACCUGUUACCCAAUGAAUCAAGUGGAGUUUACUUUUGAUUUUUGCAUACCUGGUAUAUCUUGUUAAUGAUUGAGAUAAUUAAUCCCGUUACAAGGGGUUCAAUAUUCUAUUUCUCCCAGCCUUUAAUCUGCAUGUGUGUGUGGUAAUGGUACAGUAUAUGGAACUGGUUCACAUGGUAAUAUCUGGUGCUGGGUACGAAGUCCCUACGGCUUGUGUUAACAGUCGCCCACACAUCACUCAUUCUCCAACAUCUGUUGAGUUCCAUCUUAGUUUUGUUUAUACUUCAUGAAUUCUCCCCUCCUGUAUUGUAAUUAGAAUAGUUUUUCAUUCCAAUUAAUUUCAUAAAAAAUAGUAAGAACUAACAGAAAUAUAUUCAAAGAAAUAAAUAUGCAUA